AUGGCCAUGGCCUCCCCGCCGCCCACGGCUCUCUGCUCCCGCCACUUGCGGCUCCACCUCCCCUACUCCUCCCCCGCUCCGCCCCGCCUGCCCACGGCCGCCGCCGCCGCCAUCACCACCACCUCUGCCUCUGCCUCCUCUUCUUCACCGCUCCGGCGCCGCCGCCGGCUCGCUGUCUCCCCGCGCGCGGAAGCUGGUACAGGGACCGGGACGGGGACCGGGACCGGGGACGUGGAGGCGCUCAGGGCCGGGGUGUCCGUGUACAAGCCGCGCUCCUACGACGUGCUCGUCACCGACGCCGCGCGCUCCCUCGCCUGCGCCAUCGACGACGGCAAGACCCGGCUCGAGAUCGAGUUCCCGCCUCUGCCAAGCAGCAUCUCUUCUUAUAAGGGCUCCUCAGAUGAGUUCAUCGAUGCCAACAUCCAGCUUGCUCUUGUUGUUGCUAGGAAGCUCAAAGAGCUCAAGGGGACUAGGUCCUGUAUAGUGUUUCCUGAUCAACCUGAAAAGCGUAGGGCGUCACAGUUGUUCAAGACAGCUAUAGACACGAUUGAGGGUGUUACUGUCAGUUCCCUGGAUGAUGUACCGACCGACCCUGUCAACAGCUUCUUCAAAUCAAUAAGAAAUACCCUGGAUUUUGACUUCUCAGAUGACAAUGAAGAUAGAUGGAAAUCUGAUGAACCACCAUCAUUAUAUAUCUUCAUCAACAGCAGCACGCGUGACCUUGCUUCUAUAGAGAAGUAUGUGGAAAAGUUUGCCGCAUCUGUUCCAGCCCUUUUAUUCAAUCUUGAACUAGAUACAUUGCGUUCUGACUUGGGGCUUCUGGGGUUUCCCCCAAAAGAUCUGCACUACCGGUUCCUUUCUCAAUUCACCCCAGUAUUUUAUAUCAGACAGCGUGACUACUCCAAGACCAUCGCAGUCGCUCCAUACAUAGUGAAUUACAGCGGAGCUGUAUUCCGCCAAUACCCAGGCCCCUGGCAGGUCAUGCUGAAGCAGGCUGAUGGCUCCUAUGCAUGUGUUGCAGAGAGUGAAGCUCGGUUCACUUUGGGACAGGCGAAAGAAGAACUAUUGAGGGUUAUUGGUUUACAAGAAGAAGAGGGAAGCUCACUUGAAUUUCUCAGAAGAGGAUACAAGAAUGCUACUUGGUGGGAAGAGAAAGUUGAUCAGGAGACGUCGGCUGCGUGGCGAACUUGA